AUGAGAACCACAGAGAACCACAGAGUACCACAGAGUCACCAGCGGCUCGUCGCCCUCAGCCGCUGGAGCUGCUCUCCGCGGUCUGUGUCAGUCACUGCGCGGGGAGAGCUCUCCAUUGCCCAGGAGCGCGCGCACGCACCUCUAUAUCUACAGCACAAACUUCUCAGCUUCAGCCCUCGACGACAACUAAAGAGGAGCACACUGCUUUUCGAGAGCCUUGUUUGUGUUUUCUACCGCGGAGUGUCUCCAGUCUCCGUGAAUCCGAGAGGCGGACUGGCAGCAGCAGACCGGGACUCGCUGCUCCGCACCUUCCUCUUCUUCGCUUUCGCCUCAUUUUGUGUUUGA